CUGGAGAAAUGCAUUGUGGAGGAUUGUGCGGCUGUAAAUAUGCGGAGCGAGGGACAAAGACUGCGCACAGAGAAGACGUGAAUGUGCUGUCGAUGCGCAAACAUUGAUUUUUCCCGCUGAUAAAGAAUGUGAGAUUAAGUGAUUGUAAAGGUAGUAGACAUUAUUUAUUCAGUACAGCUGCUUCAAACCUGACCCCUCCUCUCUCUCUCCCCCUCCUUCCCUCCCUCUCUCUCCCUCUCUCUCUCUCUCUCCCUCUCUCUCUGUGCACAGCCAGUCAGUGUGCAGCUCCACUCCAUUCCGGCGCACAGGCAGAGAGAAGCAGACGGUUGACCAAGCAGCUCCAAGCUGACAAACUCAGCUCAGCUCAGGGAAUAAAUAAUCUGCCAACGGCACCGUAGGCUGCAUGCGGGAAUACCACUUGUUCUUGGACGCGUGUGAGAGCGCGCACAUAUGUCCGGCUGCUGGGAAGAUAAAACCAUGGUUCUGACGCACGUGUGGCUACUUCUGCCCCUGCUUUUUUGACUCCAGAGAGAGAGAGAGAAGGAGAGAGAGAGAGAGUUUGGAUCUCAGCGAGAAGGCUUCGAAUAUUUAUACUCUCAACAAUCAAAGGUGGCUGGGAAUAUUGUCCGGAUGGUGACGGUCACUGGACUACACGCUUUUGCCUGAUCCGCUCCGUGCGAAGGGGGAAAAAGGACUGGAGGACUUGCGCCGGUGCUAGUUGAUUAAACGCGCCUCUGGAGCUCGUUUGAGCGGCUGUGUGUCUACACUUCAUACCCAAAGCUGGUGUGUUUUUUUUUUAAUCCGAACUCUAACUUGUGCCUGUUUUGGUGAAUGAGGGCAACUGUGUUCGUGGAGCCUUGACGCAGCUGGGACAGGGACUGACGGCGUGUGUGUGUCUGUGGAACCUCGGCUCAGCCCCGGAUUGUUUUCCCUUCUGUCCUCGCUCUUGUGGGUCUUUUUACAUGUCCCACCUGACCGCGUUAUGACAAUGGAUUACUUUCUGCUUCUAUGCAGCCUCUUGCUGCCCCUGGUGUCUGCCGUCGAAGAGACUCUGAUGGACACAAAGUGGGCCACCACAGAAUUAGCCUGGACUUCACACCCAGAGACCGGGUGGGAAGAAGUGAGUGGCUAUGACGAUGCCAUGAACCCCAUUAGGACGUACCAAGUCUGCAACGUACGUGAACUUAACCAAAACAACUGGCUACGCAGUGACUUUAUACCACGCAAGGACGUGCUGCGUGUAUACGUGGAGAUGAAAUUCACAGUACGUGACUGCAACAGCAUUCCCAACAUCCCAGGGUCCUGCAAGGAGACCUUCAACCUCUUCUACUAUGAAUCUGACUCAGACUCAGCUACUGCCACCAGUCCUUUCUGGAUGGAAAAUCCUUAUGUUAAGGUGGACACCAUUGCACCAGACACCAGCUUUUCCACGCUCGAUGCUGGUCAGAUAAACACAAAAGUGCGGAGUUUUGGUCCUCUGUCCAAAGCUGGCUUCUACUUGGCCUUCCAGGACCUUGGGGCUUGCAUGUCACUCAUCUCAGUUCGGGUGUUUUAUAAAAAGUGCUCUACCACAAUUGCCAACUUUGCUGUCUUCCCUGAGACAGCCACAGGGGCUGAAGCAACAUCCCUGGUAAUUGCACCAGGAACUUGUGUCCCUAAUGCCGUAGAGGUGUCUGUGCCACUGAAACUUUAUUGCAACGGUGACGGGGAAUGGAUGGUUCCCGUAGGAGCCUGCACCUGUUCGGCUGGUUUUGAACCGGCAAUGAAGGAUACUCAGUGUCAAGCCUGCAGCCCCGGCACCUUCAAGUCCAAGCAAGGGGACGGCUUUUGUUUGCCAUGUCCAGCCAACAGUCGUGCCAGUUCAGGAGCCGCAAGUGUUUGUUCCUGUCGAAAUGGUUACUACCGAUCAGACACAGAUCCUCCGGACUCUCCCUGUACAACUGUGCCCUCCGCACCACGAAAUGUCAUCUCCAGUGUGAACGAAACCUCCCUCGUGCUAGAGUGGAGCGAGCCGCGUGACCUGGGCAGCCGUGACGACAUCUUCUACAACGUCAUCUGCAAAAAGUGUUUGCCAGAGCGAGGGAUGUGCUCGCGGUGCGACGACAACGUGGAUAUCUCGCCCCGCCACCUGGGGCUGACCCAGCGCCGAGUAGCUGUCCGUAACCUGCAGGCCCACACACAGUACAGUUUCGAGAUCCAGGCUGUCAAUGGAGUGUCUCACAAGAGCCCUUACACACCUCAUUUCUCUGCCGUGAACAUCACUACAAACCAGGCUGCUCCAUCUGCAGUUCCUACAGUUCACCUGAUGGCGGCCACAGCGAGCACCAUGAGUUUGUCCUGGCUGCCUCCAGAUAAACCCAACGGAAUCAUUCUGGACUAUGAGAUUAAGUACCAUGAAAAGGAUCAGGGGGAAGCCAUAGCCCACACUAUGACUGCCCAGCGCAGCAACGCACGCAUUGAAGGUCUGAAAGCUGGUACUGCCUACGUGGUGCAAGUUCGAGCUCGAACAGUGGCCGGCUAUGGCCGAUACAGCGGUCCAGCUGACUUCAGUACAAAUCUGCAAACUGAUCCUCCAAAGUCCUGGCAGGAACAGCUUCCACUUAUCGUGGGCUCCGCUACUGCCACCUUGGUCUUCAUCAUUGCAGUUGUGGUCAUUGCAAUCGUCUGUCUCAGAAAGCAGAGAAAUGGCUCCGAGUCAGAGUACACAGAGAAACUGCAGCAAUACAAAUCCCCUAUAGUGACGCCGGGAAUGAAGGUCUACAUUGAUCCUUUCACGUAUGAGGACCCCAACGAAGCAGUUCGGGAGUUUGCCAAGGAGAUAGAUGUCUCCUGCGUGAAGAUCGAGGAGGUCAUUGGCGCAGGUAACCCACCAAAGCUCCUGGGCAACAGGGGGAAGAGUGCUAGUCACCUCCAGGCCAUACCAUUAGAGGACUUCACAUCAAGCGGAGAGUUUGGGGAAGUCUGUCGUGGUCGUCUCAAGCUGCCCGGGCGUCGGGAGAUCAUCGUAGCAAUCAAGACUCUGAAGGUGGGCUACACUGACCGCCAGAGGAGAGACUUCCUGUCUGAAGCGUCCAUUAUGGGGCAGUUUGAUCAUCCCAACAUCAUCCGUCUGGAAGGAGUAGUCACCAAGAGUCGACCUGUGAUGAUUGUGACCGAGUUCAUGGAGAAUGGGGCGCUGGACUCUUUCCUGAGGCUGAAUGAUGGACAGUUUACAGUGAUCCAGCUGGUGGGGAUGCUACGCGGUAUCGCAGCAGGCAUGAAGUACCUGUCAGACAUGAACUAUGUGCACAGAGACUUGGCUGCUCGUAACAUCUUGGUCAACAGCAACCUGGUGUGCAAGGUGUCCGACUUUGGCCUUUCUCGCUUCCUGGAGGAUGACCCCACAGACCCCACCUACACCAGCUCACUGGGAGGAAAGAUCCCCAUCCGCUGGACGGCACCCGAGGCCAUCGCUUACAGAAAGUUUACCUCAGCCAGUGAUGUCUGGAGUUACGGCAUUGUCAUGUGGGAAGUGAUGUCGUACGGCGAAAGGCCGUACUGGGACAUGAGCAAUCAAGAUGUGAUUAAUGCCGUGGAGCAGGACUACAGGCUGCCUCCGCCCAUGGACUGCCCCACAGCGCUGCACCAGCUCAUGUUGGACUGCUGGGUCAAAGAGAGGAACCUACGGCCCAAAUUCACCCAGAUUGUUGCUACACUGGAUAAACUUAUCCGUAACGCUGCCAGCCUCAAGGUGGUCACCAACAGCACACAGUCCACUGGGGUGUCCCAGCCCUUGCUUGACCGCUGCGUCCCAGACUAUACCACUUUCACCACUGUGGGGGACUGGCUGGAUGCCAUCAAGAUGAGCCGCUACCGCGACAACUUCCUCAAUGCAGGCUUUGCUUCCUUUGACCUGGUGGCCCAGAUGACAUCAGAAGACCUGCUGCGGAUAGGGGUGACACUGGCUGGCCAUCAGAAGAAGAUUCUCGGAAGCAUUCAGGACAUGAGACUACAGAUGAACCAAACACUUCCUGUUCAAGUGUGAACCACCAGACACACAGAUCCAUGCAGUCAAAGGACAGCCUGACAGGAAAAUGGGGAAAAAAAAAACUGUGGCAGAGAGAGCCAUUGGAAAACCCUAGCUGCCUGACCCAUCUCUGCCAAUUAGACGCAAUGAGACCGGCUUGUGGUGCCUCUGAAUUUUUGUGUUUUGUUUUUUUUUUCAAAUUUUUUUUAACAACUCCAUUCCCUUUUCCGGUUGUUUCUGUUAAGUGUCAUUUUUUCCCUCUUUUUAUUUUGCCAUGCAAUCCUACACUGUGUGUGUUUGAAGGAGGACAGAGUUCGCCCUCUUCCAUCCCAUGCGUGCCUCACCAGCUCUGGGGUGACGUUUGCAUGCAUGUGUGUUUUUUAGUGAAGUUGGCCUCAUCCCUGUAAAGCCCAAACUUCACGCCUUCGGACCGUCACGCAAAAGCCUUGCCCUUUGACCCCGCCUCACCCAGGUCUGAUGGACGUUCCACGUCGGAAAGAGAGAACGCCCUGCUAUAAAACUUUUCAAGUUCACAGAUGGAAAAAAAAAACAAAAACAAGAAAAACAGAAGAAAAACAGAAGUGUUUUGGAGGAUUCUUCCCCCCUUUAGUUUCACUGUGCACCUGUGUUGUUCUCCCAUCUUCAUAUUGAAGGUGUGUUAUUUAAAAGGCACUUGCGAGAGACGGGUGAGGAAAAAAAACAAUGGGCCGAAGACAAAGGUCAAGAGGACGACAGAGGUCAAAAAGGUGCAGCCACAUUUUUUUGGUUUCUUCACUUUGAUCUGAAGUGACUCAGGAUAGUUCCACAGCUUGGGAUAAUUAGCUCAUCGAGUGUGUUAUUACAUUUUUUUCUUUUUUUUUGUCCAUAAUGCAUUUUGUUUUCCUGUAUUUCUCCGAUGUUUUGAAUCUUUAACACACUUUUAGGAGAACUGUGGUUUUGAAACAGCCGGCCAAUCUCAAGUACCCCCGCGGACUGUGAUUACGGGGGGAAACUGACUGUGGCGCUAUAGAAAGACCACUUGGCCUUUUGUGUGCGUUUUUUUGUACGUGUGUGUACAGCUGCGUGAGUGGGUGAGCGUCUGUGAGACAAAGUGUGCAUGGACGCGCAAAUGUUCCGGGUUGUACACAAAUAUACUGUACAGUACAGCUUUUUGGUAUUUGCCACAACGGAGAAUUAAAGCAUGAACUAAUCCCUGACAAGGAGCAACUAUAUCUAAAACAAUUACACUAUAGUCUGUGGACUUUGUUUGUUUUUUUUCCCCAAUCCAAAUCGAUGAACUUUGGACACGCACACCCAUAUGCACCGCGCAGAAACUGAGAGAAACCCUGUCCGACACCUGACUUUUAUGUACUAUUAUCUGAAUUUAGAAAUAAUCAAAAAAUCUUGUUUUAAUUCCUUGACUUCCUGCCCCCAUGUAUUUAUUUGUACCCCCACGCUCCAUGCCCCUCCCCCGCACCAACACUCAGAUGGACUGUUGGCCAUUUGGGACACGUGGAACAAUCAGAAGGAAGAAAAACUCCAAGAGGAUUCACCUUAUGAAUUGUUGAUUAUUAAAGGAAAAGGAAAUUGCAUAUAAAUUGGAUAUUGUAUUUUUGUUGUUGUUCUAAACAGCCUGUACAUGUUUUGUAACAAAAAUAUGAUAAAUAUCAAAAGAAAAUGGUGUUUUGACAAAAUGCACGUGUUGUUGUGAAAUGAUUCAGCGGUUUGAAAGAAAAGUCAAAGAUGAGAUGAGAUGGGUGUGAGUGCCAUUCCAAGUGGAUGUUAAUCUUCACUAACUGGACUCCCACAGCGGUUUUUAUUCCAGAAACUGUCACUAACACAGCGACCGUCUUCCAGAUUCUUACUACAAUCAGAACCUCACGGUCGUUAGACUUUUCGGAUUCUCAUCUCAUCACGAGAGACGCAGCCCAACUCCAAUCAUCCCAUGUGCAGGGCUCCAUUAGCCGACCUGCGCUCCGUCUCUCCACAACAUCAUCACGCUCAUCACAGCCCAGAGCUGUCACCGUACAAAGACCUCUUGGUCUUUGUCUGUCAGGUCGAUUACUGCAGCGGCCAAUCUGGCGCAGGGAGGACACGAACAUGCCGCGAAACGCAUGAACAUACGGCGAGCUGACCUAUCAUUAUCUCUCUUCAUUUCCUGUUUGGCCCGCAAUCAACCUGUCUCGGGCUGCUGCAUGAUUAGUACAGUGCAGGAUCAGCAGCCCUGGCAUGCGGACAGAGCCAAAAUCUGCAGGCCCACUCAUCGUAAAUGAUUGCAGCUGCAUCACGGAGAUGGUGCUAUUUGUGCACAUGACAGAGAAGCUGUUUGAUGGCAGAGGAUUUAGGGAUGAUUUGAUCUCUCAGUCUCCACGCUGCUUGGCUGCAGGCUGAUCAAUGCAAUAUGUGACUAUUAGGUGUGUAGGGACGGUAUGAUGUAAGUGGCCGUGGGCGCGUCCCGCCGUCUUACUUCAGUCUUCCACCGCUCACGUCCUUCAAAAGCCACAGAGAACGUUUUGCAAAACCGCAAUAUGUUCCCCAUUUUCCCAGUGUUUUAUCAGAGCCCACAUACAGAUGUCCUCACUGCUCCCAGUGCAUCCUCCCAGAGCUUCACUAACCUGCGACGGUCCAGUCACGACAAAGACCAGCAGAGACUGCAGCAGUUCUGCACUGACACCACACAAAAAACAAGUCUCAAAAUUAUAACAGAGUAAGAAAAAAAAAAAAGAGAUUGCAAUGAAGUGACAGAAAACUGCAUUAUGUGGCAGGAAUAAAGCAAGUUUUUUUUACUCUAGUAAUUAAUGAAUUACUGUGAAUUAGCGUUUAAACAACACAUCUGAUGUAAGCGAUGGCCCAAAUGUCAAGAUAGUUGAAUCAGUGACGUGUGAAUCUGGACUAAACACAGUCAGAUGACGACAUUUCCGUUAGGAAACAAUGUCGUGUUUUUUUUGUUUUUGUUCUUUGAUAAGUUGCACAUGAUUUGAUCUGCAGUUCCGCUCGGCAAAGUCACCCAUCCGUGAAUGAUGAGGUCAACCAACACCGCUGCACAUCUUGUAAUGAUACACGAUCCUGGAACGCCCACCACAUCAACUGCAAACGAUUAAUCAUUAAGCAGAUUUUUCACACGUUCGUGCUUCACGUGUUUAAUUUUUAACUUUUUGUUCUUCCUUGCAGAAUUAAAGAGAGACUUUUAAGUUUGCGUGUGUGUGUAAUGAACGGAUUAUCAUUUUAGUCUGGAAGAUUUCAAUCAGCAGCGUCCAGUUCUAGUCAGAUGUGGUUGUCUCAUCGCUCCAG